GAUCCUCAUUAUGGUGACUGGAAAGCGUUUGGCUGACAUCGGCUACCGGGCUUUUUCUGGCUCCAUGAUGCUGCUGACGGUAUACGGAGGAUACCUAGCUGUAAUGCGAGGGUACAGAUACAUGCAAAGGCAAAAACAGCUGAAGCUGGCAGCAGAAAACCAGGAUCAAGUCAAAGACUAAGGCGAGAUGGAUUCAUCUCCUUUUUGCAUAGAUGUGGACAUUUUCCCUUUUCUCCAUUUUUUUGUCAUUUACUGAAUCAGGAAGAUGUUUAUUCUUAUUAGGACAUUUGUCAACUAAAUUAUGAGGCUGGUGUGUCCUCUAAUGGAAGAUGAACCACACACAUUGUUUGUACGUAUCACUGGCCUCCUUCAUGUCCAAGUUAUGACUUGCACUCUUCAAGAGGUGAAGAUGGAUGUAAUUAUGUUAUAUUAAAUGCCUUUAAACCACA